CAUAGAGUGCCGGAAAGAGCGUGAGCAGAAGGAUCAGGAAGAGAAAGCAACAGGAUCUCCGUUCGAUCUAAAAUGACAACGUUAGUGCUGGAUAACGGAGCAUACAACGCCAAAAUCGGUUACAGCCAUGAAAACGUCUCGGUUAUUCCUAACUGUCAGUUCAGGUCAAAAACAGCACGUCUUAAAACUUUUACUGCAAACCAGAUAGAUGAAAUAAAGGACCCUUCUGGACUCUUUUACAUCCUUCCUUUUCAGAAGGGUUACUUGGUGAAUUGGGAUGUUCAAAGACAAGUUUGGGAUUACCUUUUUGGAAAAGAAAUGUAUCAGGUUGAUUUUUUAGAUACUAAUAUUAUUAUCACAGAACCAUAUUUUAACUUCACCUCAAUUCAGGAAUCAAUGAAUGAAAUUCUAUUUGAGGAAUACCAGUUCCAAGCAGUAUUAAGAGUAAAUGCUGGAGCUCUUAGUGCACAUAGGUAUUUCCGAGAUAACCCUUCCGAAUUAUGCUGUAUCAUUGUAGACAGUGGAUAUUCCUUUACACAUAUAGUUCCUUAUUGUAGAAGUAAAAAGAAAAAAGAAGCAAUUAUUCGGAUAAAUGUGGGAGGAAAACUCCUAACCAAUCAUCUAAAGGAGAUCAUAUCUUACAGGCAGCUACAUGUUAUGGAUGAAACACAUGUGAUAAAUCAAGUAAAAGAAGAUGUAUGCUACGUGUCCCAGGAUUUUUAUAGAGAUAUGGACAUUGCAAAAUUGAAAGGAGAAGAAAAUACAGUAAUGAUAGACUAUGUUUUGCCUGACUUCAGUACAAUUAAAAAGGGCUUUUGUAAGCCAAGGGAAGAGAUGGUGUUAAGUGGAAAAUAUAAAUCUGGGGAACAAAUUCUUCGCCUGGCUAAUGAGAGAUUUGCUGUUCCAGAAAUACUCUUUAAUCCUUCUGAUAUAGGCAUUCAAGAAAUGGGUAUCCCAGAAGCUAUUGUCUAUUCAAUUCAGAACCUACCUGAAGAAAUGCAGCCACAUUUUUUUAAGAACAUUGUUUUGACAGGAGGAAAUUCCCUUUUUCCAGGAUUUAGAGAUCGGGUUUACUCAGAAGUUCGAUGUCUCACUCCAACAGACUACGAUGUUUCUGUUGUGCUGCCUGAAAACCCAAUUACUUAUGCCUGGGAAGGUGGAAAAUUGAUAUCAGAGAAUGAUGAUUUUGAAGAUAUGGUAGUAACAAGAGAAGAUUAUGAAGAAAAUGGACAUAGCAUCUGUGAAGAGAAAUUUGAUAUUUAAGAAAUCUUUAUGAAGGAAAGUUUUGACUGAUUGUGACUGAAAGGUUUAAUUUUAUAGUUCUUUUUAAGGAGAUUAGGACCUGUGUUACCUUUCAUCCUAAGAUAAAGUAUUGAAUUUAUGUAAAUACAUUGAUCCAUGGCUAAUUUUCAAAGGUUUCCUAGCUAGAUUAUUACAGUAAACUGUAACUUAACCCAUACUUUCAUUUAGGAACUAGACUACUAUAACAAUGCUAAUACUCUUUCAGAGAGUAACUUAUUUUUCACUAGAAGACGAAAGAGUGAAUGCAUUUUUAAUGUAAUUCUUCAUGUCUAAAAGCACAAACUUAACUGUCUCACUAAUAAUUUUUCCUUGGAGGGUAGUUUUGUGUGACUAUGACUCAGAAUUGGCCAAAGUGUUUUCUGGCUGCUAUGUUUUCUCUCUUUUAGAACUAAGUGUUUAAUUUUUAAAAUUGUCAUUUUUAUUUAUACAUAGUAAAGUUGGAAAGACUA